UUCCAAACUCAUAUUCGAACAGAGGAUUGUCUUUCGUGCCAAUGAUGGCAAAAUAGUAGGACAUUUUAUCUGUCCCCUCCGAGUUGUUUUCUGGAAGCAUGAAGCUCAUGGUGAACUAGAGUUGAGGCGGCCGCUAGCGUUCUUGGAGUGUAUAAUUCUUGAGAUCUUCCAAUGUUUGAUUCCUUUUCGAAGUAGAGCAUCAACACAAUGUUUGGAGCUUUCAGACCAACGAAUUCUCUGGGAGGAGGUCUUCUCUGGAAGAUUCCCUGGCGACUGUCGAAAUUCCAGAAAGCACGACAAAGGAAACGGUUACGUGCAGUUGAUACAGUGGUAGCAGUGGUGGACCAGGCGUUGGCUAAGAAGAGUAUCACGACGAAGGCUGUGGAGAGAUGGAAGGAGGAGAUGCCGAUUGAGCAGGAGAUGGUGCCGAAGGACAAAUACACGAUUUUCGAUCGCAAGGAGAAGAAGUAUAGGAAGGGAAUCCACAAACUGCCAAAGUGGACGAGGGUAUCUCAACGAGUCAAUCCCCCUGGAUACUGAUAAAGGGAUGGAAAAUGGAUGUAUCAUAUUGAAGCAUAUUAUGGCGUUUGGAAGGAUGUACAUCAGAGGACGAAGUCAAUGGUAUAUUGUACGGAUAUUACUCGAUUCAUGAAUUGGCGUAUGCGCAAAUAAGGCAUGCCACUCUAGGCAAAUCGCUCUCCCAAACUUUUCCCAGAACACCGUCAACGCCGGUAGAGACGAU